AUCUAUUCUAAAAUUUCAAUUUCGCUGUGAUUGUUACUAUUUAAUUCCUUCCGCUGUCAAAGCACCUUCCUUUCUUCUCAAAGGUCUCUCUACCUUUUCCAUGGCCACCCCCUGAAGAAGAAUAAUCAUCAUGUUUUCCUUUAAACUCAAGCAAGAAUCUUACUAACUCCCAAAAUCCCACCAUUUCCCUCAUCCCUUCUGUCUAAAUUCUUUCACUUUAUUUAAUUUUUUUGGCUUCAGGUUUAACCCUCACUCCACCAUAGCCAUGUCAAGUCGAUUCAGGGACAAACCCACCAGCGAAUCCAAGCGCCGCAGUCAGCAGCCUCACCACUCGGAACCGCCGAUGCCCAAUUACCCAGUUGAAGCCAUCCCUUCUCCUUUUUCCGACGCCGCACGGAGUCUGUCGGACUCGGAGCUCCGAGAGACGGCCUAUGAGAUCCUGGUCGGGGCGUGCCGGAGUUCUGGUGGGAAGCCGCUGACUUAUAUACCGCAGUCUGAGAGGAACGGGGAAAGGUCUGCUUCGCCUGCGCCUGCGGGUUCCUCGGCUUCUCUGCAGCGGUCGUUGACCUCAACGGCCGCCAGUAAGGUGAAGAAGGCGCUGGGGUUGAAGUCGUCCGGGAGGAGGAGAAAUGGUGGGGAAUCGUCGGGUCAGGAGAGAGUGAAGAGAGCUGUAACUACUGGGGAUUUGGUGAGGGUGCAGAUGCGGGUGUCGGAGCAGACUGAUUCCAGGAUUAGGAGAGCACUCCUGAGGAUUGCGGCUGCGCAGCUGGGAAGAAAGAUAGAGUCUAUAGUUCUGCCACUCGAGUUGCUGCAGCAGUUCAAGUCCUCUGAUUUUCCUAAUCAACAAGAGUAUCAAGCUUGGCAGAGGAGAAACCUGAAGCUUCUUGAAGCUGGGCUCCUUCUGCAUCCUCAUAUGCCACCAGACAAGAACAAUACUGCUCCACAGCGACUCCGACAGAUUAUUCAAGGAGCACUAGAAAGACCAUUGGACACAGGAAAAAACAGUGAAUCAAUGCAAGCCCUCCGGAGUGUUGUCAUGUCUCUUGCUUGUAGAACAUUUGAUGGAUCUGUAUCUGAGACUUGCCACUGGGCAGAUGGAUUUCCAUUGAAUCUCAGACUCUACCAAAUUCUGUUAGAAGCUUGUUUUGAUGUCAAUGAUGAAGCAUCUGUUAUUGAUGAGGUUGAUGAGGUUUUGGAACUCAUAAAGAAGACCUGGGUGGUCCUAGGAGUAAACCAGAUGCUUCAUAAUCUUUGUUUCUUAUGGACUUUAUUUCACCGUUUUGUUGCAACUGGCCAAAUGGAAAGUGAUCUAUUGCUUGCUGCCAAUAACCUAAUGCUAGAAGUUGAAAAGGAUGCAAAGGCCACAAAAGAUCCAAAUUACUCCAAGAUAUUGAGUUCUGUACUGAAUUUGAUUUUGGAUUGGGCUGAGAAAAGGCUUGUUGCUUAUCACGAUACUUUCAACAGUGAUAAUACUGAGUCAUUGGAAGGUGUUGUUUCUCUGGGGGUGUUAGCAGCAAAACUGAUGGUAGAAGAUCUCUCUCAGGAGUAUCAUAGGAGGAGAAAGGAAGUUGAUGUGGCUAGUGAUAGAGUGGAUACAUACAUCAGAAAAUCACUACGUGCUGCUUUUUCUCAGGUAAUGGAGCAGGUGAAGUAUAGGAAGCGAUCAUCCAAGAACCAGCCAAACCAGCUCCCUCUCCUCUGCAUCCUUGCACAGGAUGUCAGUGCCCUGGCUUUCAGUGAGAAGGCAAUAUUUAGUCCAAUAUUAAAGAGAUGGCACCCUCACGCAGCAGGUGUAGCUGUAGCCACCCUUCAUUCCUGCUACGGGAAUGAGCUGAGGCAAUUUGCUUCAGGCAUUACUGAACUGACACCAGAUGCCAUACAAGUGCUGAGAGCUGCUGACAAAUUGGAGAAGGAUCUUGUGCAAAUUGCAGUUGAAGAUUCUGUAGACAGUGAGGAUGGUGGGAAGUCAAUAAUAAGGGAGAUGCCUCCCUAUGAAGCCGAGACUGUAAUUGCCAAUCUUGUGAAGUCAUGGAUAAAGACAAGAUUAGACAGAUUGAAGGAAUGGGUUGACAGGAAUCUUCAACAAGAGGUAUGGGAUCCACAGGCAAAUAGAGAACGGCUUGCUCCAUCUGGUGUUGAAGUUUUACGCACUGUAGAUGAAAUAAUGGAGGCAUUCUUUCUCUUACCGAUACCUGUGCAUGCUGUCUUGCUUCCUGAGUUGAUUACUGGUAUUGACAAAUGUCUUCAACAUUACAUAUUGAAGGCAAAGUCUGGUUGUGGUACCCGAAGUACUUUCGUUCCCCCCCUGCCGGCUCUGACAAGAUGUUCAACUGGGUCAAAAUUCAAUGGUGUAUUUAAGAAAAAGGAAAAGUUUCAAGUGGCACAAAGGAGAUCUCAAGUGGGGACUACAAAUGGCAAUAAUGCCUUUGGCAUACCUCAGUUAUGUUGCCGUAUUAAUACCUUGCAGCUUAUUCGAACUCAAUUGGAGGAUUUGGCAAAGAGGACAAUGACCCUUCUUAGAAAUUCUGAAUCUGCUAAUGUCAAUGAUAUUACAAAUGGGGUAGGGAAAGUGUUUGAACUGUCAGCUGCUUCUUGUGUAGAAGGGAUCCAACAGCUAUGUGAGGCAACAGCAUACAAGGUUGUCUUCCAAGAUCUAAGUCAUGUCCUUUGGGAUGGUUUGUAUGCUGGGGAAGUUUCAUCGUCUAGAAUUGAACCUUUUCUUCAGGAACUUGAGCACUACCUGGAGGUCAUUUCAUCAACAGUGCAUGACAGAGUUAGAACACGAGUUAUUACUGAUAUAAUGAAAGCAUCUUUUGAUGGCUUCCUGUUGGUUUUACUUGCAGGAGGUCCUUCUCGUUCUUUCAAUCUGCAAGAUUGUGAAAUGAUAGAGGAGGAUUUUAAGUUCCUAACAGAAUUGUUUUGGUCCAAUGGCGAUGGACUGCCAGAUGAUUUAAUAGAAAGGUUUUCAACCACUGCCAAAGGAGUUCUCCCCUUGUUUCGCACUGAUAGUGAGAAUAUAGUUGAGCAGUUCAAACGCCUUACCCUCGAGAGUUACGGCUCUUCUGCCAAAUCCAGGCUUCCAUUGCCUCCAACUUCUGGUCAGUGGAGUCCGACUGAACCAAACACACUCUUGCGAGUUUUGUGCUACCGCAGCGAUGAGACAUCUGCAAAGUUCCUUAAGAAGACAUACAAUUUGCCAACAAAACUCUGACAAGUGUACAAUUUGCCAACAAAACUCUGACAAGUUUGCUGGUGGAAAUAAUGAUCAAAUAAUCCAAUUCUUUGGUAAGAACUGCUUCACGCUCAUUCAUAUGGCUCUGCUGGUGUUUAUAGCAACCAAUGAAAUACCAAAGCACCAGUUACAGACUUUUGUUACGGGGCAUUUUAUAGAGAAUUUAUACAUUUUGGGAGAAAAAUAUAGCUUGUGUACAGUGCUAGCACUGUGGCUGGGUUCUAUUUAUCUGAAGCCUUGCACUAUUUGUUGAACCUCCCAAGGAAGAUGAAUUUGCUUCUAAGCAUAUGGUAAUAACAGGAUUGUGAGUUUUUACAAUCCUGGAAGGGUGCAAAACCAAAUAUUGGUAGUUCUGACACGCAUUUUCAGAUGAGAUUAAGAUGAAUGUAUUCAAUCAGCAACACUUGGAUGCAUUCAACAAGAAAGGUAAGGUUCUUUGGCUCCUUUGUAAUUUUAUAUGUUUUCCUGUCAACCCUCUGUAAUAUUUUUUUCCCCAGCAUCUGUGCUAGGUAAACUGAGAGAAUGUAGGAUCAAGAAAAUAUAAAGGUUUGAUAAUUUAUAGAUUCGAGAAGAGUUGAAAGUGUUCUCUCGCGCUUGUGUAAAUUGUACAUUUGGCGUUUUGUAUGGUAUCUUUGUGUGUAAGCAUUCUUUGAAACUUGAAAUUUGUUGAUUGUUGAAUGAAUUGUUAUUUGAAGU